AUGUCGUUUGCCGACAAAAUUACAAUGCUUAUGUCGCGUCCGGGCGGCGAUAAUGUCCAAAAAGACGACGUCCCCUGGUGGAUGCGUUACGCUGGACGAGUCCUGGGCACUGUUGGCAGUUUUAUUGCGAUAUUUGCGGGCAUCAUCAAUUGCAUGGGCCUGUUCACACUGAACGUGUCCUGUUUGAUCGCCGGCAUCUGGCAGAUGCUCGCCGGCUUCAUAGUGAUCGUGUGCGAGGCGCCUUGCUGCUGCUUCUUUAUUGAUUAUGUGCAGGUCCUAUCUGAUAAAAUGGAGACGCGGCCAUAUUGGAAUAAAGCAGCGUUCUACGUUGGCUUGGCGCUGCCUCCAUUCUUUCUGUGCUUUUUGAGCCUCAGCACUUGGUUUGGAAGCGGUAUAAUAUUCGCUACCGGCGUCGUAUACGGCAUGAUGGCGCUAGGCAGAAAAGCGUCAGCAGAGGAGAUGAGGACGUCGGCGGCGACGCUGGAGGCUGGGCUGGGGCAGCCGACGACCGCGCCGCGUGCCAACCUGGUCGCCAACGAGCAGCCCGUCUCCUUCACCGGUUUUCCCUUGCCGAACUGA